AUGACAGGUGAACAGCAGCAAAAACAUUUUGUUCUAGUACAUGGCAUUUGCCAUGGAGCUUGGUGCUGGUACAGGCUACAAUCACUGCUGGAAGCGGAGGGCCAUCGAAUCACGACGAUUGAUCUCGCAGCCUCCGGCAUCAACAUGAAAAGCCUAGACGAGAGUCGCACAUUUUUCGACUAUACACAACCGUUGUUUGAGGUGAUGGAGUCUAUUCCAACAGACGAAAAGGUAGUUCUAGUUGGACAUAGUCUUGGUGGCCUGAACAUCGCUGCUGCAAUGGAGAAAUACCCUCAAAAAAUUUCUAUUGCGGUUUUUAUUGCGGCUGUGAUGCCUGAUACUGUACAUAGGCCAAUCGAUUUUUUUGAAAAGGCAUUUGAAGGAGCCACGGAGGAAGAUCUUAUGGACAAUCAAAUCGUACCAUUUGGAAGACCCGAAGAUCAUCUUGUAUCAAUGCUCUUUGGCCCCCAGUAUGCAUCAUCCAAAUUAUAUCAACUCUGCCCUCCUGAGGAUGUGGUGUUAGCAAAAGUAUUGAUGAGGCCGACCCUAAUUUAUCGGGAAGAUUUUUCAAAGAUGAGUGCAUUUUCUAGUGAAAAGUACGGAUCUGUAAAGCGUGCUUACAUCAUAACCGGUGAAGAUAAAACCAUAAAAGUAAAGUUUCAACGUUGGCUAAUUGAAAAUGUCGGAGCUACAAUAGUGAAAGAGAUAAAAGAUGCUGAUCACAUGGUAAUGAUCUCAAAGCCUCAUACACUUUGCCAAUAUUUAUUGGAUAUAGCUUGGGAUGGCAAAGUCCCUCGUCCCUGA